UUCCUUGUAGCAGACAGAAAAAAUGAAGUUUCAAGUUUUGAACGUGAACGCUAACGAUAUCAUUGAAAAUCGGCUUGUCGACUUUUUUACCAAUUAGACAGAUACUAAAUAAGAUUUAUACAAGAAAGUAAGGAUAACUUAUUCUUGAGAUGGCAUUUUCUAGUGGAAGUCUUUUCCAACCAACCCAGUCUACUACAUCCAAUACAGGAGGGCUGUUUGGAGGAACUGGUCAGACUGGUACUACUCCAUUUGGAGGCUUUGGUGUGCAGCAAGUUAGCACAGCAAAUCAGUCCUUUUCAUUUGGAACUCCUCAAAAUUCUGCUCCAACAUCGGGAUUUGGCUCUCAACAAACUAACACCACUGCAACAGUACCUUCUUUUGGUUUUGGCAGUACCCAACCUACUUCAGGUGCUCCAGCGUUUGGAUUUGGUACCACCCAAACUAGCACAGCUGCUCCAUCGUUUGGAUUUGGUGCAACACAAACAAAUACCACUACACCUGCUUUCGGAUUCGGUGGAACUAAUACUGGUGGAGCUCCAUCAUUCAGCUUUGGGCAGCCACAGACAAGCAACGCUGGAUUCGGUUUUGGCACUGGAGCCCCUGCUGUCUCAUCGUCGUCCGGACUUUUCUCUGGAACAGGAUUUGGAUCUUUUGGAACAUCCCUGGGAGGAACCGGGAUAACAACACCAGCUUCUAGUAGCUUUUCUUUGGGAACUACAUUUGGAAGUACAGCCCCAACAACAGGGCUGUUUGGUCAACAACAACAACAAACGUUUGCUCCUGCUCAGCAAGCCGGUACUGCUGUCGAAUCUGUUCUCUCAUCCGUACUUUACUGUAACAUUUACGGUGAUGAGCGCGAUGCAAUCUUGGCUCGUUGGAAUCUCCUUCAAGCAGCUUGGGGAACCGGAAAAGGAUUUUACUCUGGCACGGCUAGUGCUAUCCAAUAUACUGCAGAGAAUUCAUUGUGUCGCUUUAAAGCCAUUGGCUACAGCAAACUACCACAAGGAAAGAAUGAAGAUGGAAUAAUUGUUUUGCUGUUUAACAAACCCGAAACAGAUAUUCGGCGAGACCAAGCUCAGUUAGUCAGUGUGAUAACUACGGCGCUGGGCAAUAAACCCAAUCUGAAUGUGUCCGUCGAGGGCGUGUCUGGCCUGGACACAAAUAAGACAGAGGUUUUGAUUUGUGUUCAAGAACGCUCAGCAACUGGCGCAAUUCAUAAAGUGCCUGCCAUUGAAUUGUCUAACUUCCUUUGGAAUCAACAACCAUCUGGGAUGAUGCAGUCGGCUCGUGGUCAGCUCAGCGCACUUGGAGUCGUUUCGUGUGUUCCUAGAGUCCGACCGUCACCCGAACAAUUGCGCGAAUAUCUAGCAUCGCCUCCAGCUGGGAUUGACGCUCGCAUUUGGAAACAAGCUCAAUCAGAAAAUCCUGAUCACGAUAACUUCAUACCCAUACCACUGAUCGGAUUUGGUGACCUUGUUCGUCAUUUACACCUACAGGAGAAAGAGACUCGACGACACCAAGGAACCCUGGACAAGUUAGCUGAGGAAUUAGCAAGUCUGCAAUCUCGUGCAUCAGAAACAUCGGUUGCGCUAAGUGAACAGCGACGACGAUACAUCGACUUGCAACAUCGAAUCCUCAAAGUUCUUAUAAAGCAAGAAUGUUCUCGGAAAGAAGGUUUUGCUCUACAGCCUGAAGAGGAACGUUUGCGGGUGCAGCUAGAGUCUGUGCACAAUGAACUAAGCAUCCCUACACAAUUUCGAGGUCGCUUAAACGAAUUGCUUUCGCAAAUAAGAAUGCGCCAAUCUGCCUUUACGCCAGCGGAACGAAUGACUGAGAGGUACAACAUUGAACCAAAUGUUUUGGAUGAUCUAAAACAAGUCCUUAAGUCACAACAAGAAGGAAUGGCUCAGUUAAUGAAUGUAUUGAAAGAAGAUUUCAAUGAUUUGCUUGUUUUAGAUAAUGCUUUGAAACACUAAAAUAGCGAACGGAAAUAUUCUUCAUCAACUAAGUACGAAUUUUACUGUUUUCAAGGGUCUAAUACACGGACAAAAAAUUUCAUUAAAAA